AUGUUGUUUCGUUGCUGCAGACCACAGACUGAGGAGGGCGAGUGGAAGGACAUCUAUGGCGACCCGGUGCGUCCACGCCGAAGCGGUUACGAGUACCCCCUAGAUGCACUGCAGAUUAGCGCUUGGGCCGCGAUUGCGGUGCUGGCAGUGCUGCACUUUAUGAUACAGAUCCCUUUCUUCGAUGGCGCGCGCUUCGUCGUCGUGCUCGUCAUCUCAUCUGUACUCAUGACCUCAGUGGUCUUAACGAAGGUGGCGCUGGAGUUGUACCCUCAGCAGGACCCCGCUGUCUUCCGCACAGACCUCCCUCGCCUCAACCAGGACGAGCUCGUACCAGAGUCGGCGGAGCCCAGUACGGAGCCGUGUGUCUUCUGUCGGCGAUUUGUACAGGUAGGCUGCAAGCACUGCAGCGUGUGCGACAAGUGCGUCCCAGGUUUCGAUCAUCACUGUCGCUGGCUGAACAGCUGCGUCGGCGCCAAGAACUACCGCCUCUUCGCAACUUUCAUGGGCGUCGCCUGGGUUGGGAUGGCUUGGGUGACGGCCUUAAGUCUGUAUACGAUUCAGCUGAUGCUACGCGACGUUGACGCCUUCAAGCGCCACAUGCACACGCAAGCCUACCACAGCCCUCCUCGAGCCUUCCCCGCUCUCUUGGUCUUCAACUUCGUAUGCCUGCUCAUCGCUGUCGCCGGCAUUGGCUCCCUCGGUAAGCUUAUCUGCUUCCAUGUCUACCUCGACAUUACCCACCAGUCUACUUACGAGCACAUUGUCAAGAGGCGCGAGGAGAAGCGGGCGCUCGGCGAGUACCGUAGCCAGCACGGCGAGCCGGAGUCGAAGGGCUCGCUCGCCUGCUUUGAGCUGCGCAAGCGGCGCAACUUUAAGAGAAACGGCGCCGACCACGCUAACGGGCCGGACAUGAACGAGGAGGAGGCCAACCGGGACGGGGAGGCCGAUUCCUCGGUGCCGCCGCCGCCGACGCGUAAUGACGCUUCUGGGACAGGCGCUGUGUGCGAGGAAGGUUCGCAGGAGUCGUCGGGGUCGAAGGCGGAGGACAUUAGAAGGCGAGCGGCGCACUCGUCGGCGGGGCGGCAGCAAUAUCUGCCAUUGCCGGAGGGUGGCGAAGGGCAAUCCAAUGCCCCCGUCUCCGACAGCGCCUCCUCCUACACAUUUGAGCCGGUACAACGAAGCGAGUAG